GCAUUCCGGAAAAACGUUUUAUUAUUCCUUCAUUCACAAGCCCGCACACACACACUCGUCCCUUGCCUUCCCCUCCGUCUCCAAUCUCCCCUCCACCGUUCGACGCUCUCCCCUUGCUUCUCGCGCACACUAACCAAUUCGAGCACCCGACGCCGCGGCCCCGAUCGAAUCCACCGGAGCCGCCCGCCUGGGGCCCGCCCGCGCCAUUGCUCGAAUCGGGAGGCAUUCGUCCGCCCGCGCUGCUGCCCCGCGCCGUGGCGGUGGCGUUGGCGGUAUGUACGACCGCUAGAAGGAGAGGAGGAGGCGGCAUUAGUGGUGGGGAUUAGGCGGCGGCACUGCUGGUGCCGGGAGGAGGAGGAGGCGUAGCCCAUGAAGGCGACGGCGCCGCCGGCGAAGCGGCGGAGGGGCCCGCGGCUGGCGGUGCUGGCGCUCGUGUUCUGUUCGCUGCUCGUGCCGAUCGCCUUCCUCUUCAACCGCUUCCCCGCCGUAUAUGUGACAGAUGAGCGCCCUCAGCAGGAGAUUGACUUGCCUUCGUUCGAUCGUGUGGUAUUUGAAAAUGGUGGCUCUGUAAAUGAAGAUGUGUCCAAGAAGACUUCCAGGAGCACUAGUGUGUCGCACCGUGUUCUACGGCCUCCAAAAAUUGAACAGGUCCUCCCCCCUCCAAAAGUUGAACCCAAUCCAGAAGUGAAGCCAGUACUUGUACCAGUUCCAGUUCAUCAAAACAAAAAAAUUAACCUUGACAAGAUUAGGCCUCCCAGAGUUCAAAGUGCUGAUGAGGUGGAAAAGGCUAAGGCUUGUCAACUUGAGUUUGGGAGUUACUGUCUCUGGUCUAUAGAGCACAAAGAAGUUAUGAUAGAUACCAUUGUGAAAAGGCUGAAAGAUCAGCUAUUUGUAGCCCGAUCUUACUACCCUAGCAUUGCAAAACUUAAAGGAAAGGAGACAUUGACUCGCGAGCUGAAGCAAAAUAUUCAAGAACACGAGAGGGUACUUAGUGAAUCCAUUGUUGAUGCUGAUCUACCAUCCUUUAUAAAAACGAAGCUAGAGAGGAUGGACCAAUCAAUAGCAAGAGCCAAAUCAUGCACUGUGGAUUGUAACAAUGUUGACAGAAAGCUUCGUCAAAUUCUUCAUAUGACAGAGGAUGAAGCUCAUUUUCAUAUGAAGCAGAGUGCAUACCUAUACAACCUUGGUGUUCACACCAUGCCUAAAAGUCAUCAUUGUCUUAAUAUGAGGUUGACAGUAGAGUACUUUAAAUCCAUGCCAUUGGAUCCAAAUGACUCUUCUGCCCAUAAGUUUAACCUUCCAGACAAUAGGCACUAUGUUAUAUUAUCUAAAAAUGUCCUUGCUGCUUCUGUUGUCAUCAACUCAACUGUUAGUAGCUCUGAGGAUACUGAAAAUGUAGUAUUUCAUGUACUGACUGACUCUCAAAAUUUUUAUGCCAUGAAGCACUGGUUUGCAAGAAACUCCUACAGGGAAUCAGCUGUCAAUGUCAUAAAUUAUGAACAAAUUAUUUUUGAGAAUUUCCCUGAGUUUGGAACCCAGCAGUUAUAUUUGCCUGAGGAAUUUCGUGUUCUCAUCAGUAGCCUUGAGAGGCCUACUGAGAAGAGUAGAAUGGAAUAUUUGUCAGUGUUCAGUCACUCACAUUUCUUUCUUGCCGAAAUAUUCAAAGAUUUAAAGAAGGUAAUUGUGUUGGAUGAUGAUGUGGUUGUUCAACGUGAUAUUUCUUUCUUGUGGAAUCUUGAUAUGGGAGAGAAGGUCAAUGGUGCUAUCAGUUUUUGUGGUUUGAAACUUGGUCAACUGAGGAACCUUUUGGGUAGGACAAUGUAUGAUCAACAGUCAUGUGCAUGGAUGUCUGGGGUUAAUGUGAUUGAUUUGGACAAAUGGAGAGAACAUAAUGUUACAGAGAAUUACCUGCAACUCCUGAGAAAGUUUGGGAACAAUGAUGACGAGGCCUCACUACGAGCUUCAGCUUUGCCUAUAAGUUUGUUGUCGUUCCAGCAUCUUCUAUAUCCACUUGAUGAGAGAUUGAUUUUAUCUGGACUUGGAUAUGACUAUGGAAUUAAAGAAGAACUUGUUCAGAAUUCUGCAUCGUUGCAUUAUAAUGGAAAUAUGAAACCUUGGCUUGAGUUGGGUAUACCAGAUUAUAGGAAGUACUGGAAGAGGUUUCUUACACGAGACGAGAGAUUCAUGGACGAGUGCAAUGUAAGUCCAUAGUGUGCUUGAGCUUGGGAGCCGAAUCAUUUUUGACAGUAGAUUUCAGUCUACUGCUGUACUAUAUACUAAGAGGACCAACACUUGAGAAAAACCUGGGAACUGGGAAGCAGUCACUAGCCAUCAAUUUUGACAGAGUAGAUCCAGCACCAUCUGUUCAUUGAACUUGUGAGCUCGAUGGAUGGGUUUUUCUGCAGUUAGCGGGGUUUAGUUAAGUUCGAAGGAUAAUGCAGUAGACAACGUUGGUCACGUGUGGUGGUGAGGUUCCAAGUAAGAGAGAGCAUCACACUCACGUAACAGGAAUGAUCAUUGAUGGAUUGAGGCGCCUUAAUUGAAAUUGGUGCCUUCCACCUCAUGGAUGCAGGUUAAUUCUUUUCUUCGUUGAUUUUUUGACCCCUCUUGCUUUGUCCUUCUGUCAAUAAGGACAUACACAGGUUAAAAUUCAAAUUCUUUGCUCUUAGUUGUUGCACAUUGAUUGUCCUAUCACUAUUAUGUUAAUGCAAAGUAUAUUAUGAUGUCAGAGACUCAUCUGUUACAAAAACGAGAUUAACAACUAUUCUAUUUGGAUGCCUUCUGAGCACUCAAAUUAUCUCAUGAAA